CCACGGGACCUCCUGUAUAAAUAUCGCAGCAUUGCCAUCUGUUUACAAAUUUACAUCCCGAUAAAGUGCAUUUGGUAUAAUUAAAACGAGAUGGGAGUAGCGGAUGAAACAGACAGGACUCUCUUUGUUGGAAAUUUGGAUCCAAAAGUGACGGAGGAACUUUUAUUCGAGCUAUUUUUACAGGCAGGACCUUUGUUCAAAGUGAAAAUCCCAAAAGACAAUGAUGGAAAACAGAAAGCGUUUGGAUUUGUCUGUUUCAAACAUGAGGUGUCCGUUCCCUAUGGCAUGAACCUGCUCAAUGGGGCAACUAUAUUUGGAAGAACUCUCAAAGUACAGUUCAGAGCAGGAAGCAGUCACAUUAACAGUCCAGGGAACUCCCAGAAUCAAAGCCCUGUGAAUACUCCCAAUCCACAUGGGUCUGCGGGCAGGUAUGACAAGAGCCCAGACCAGAUAGGCUCCCCAUCAUUUUCACCCUCUCAGCACAUCCAGAGGUCCUUCUCCUCUCCUGAAAGUCUGCAGAGACAGGCCAUGAUGAACAACAUGUGGCAGCUCCAGAUGCAGCACCUCCAGGGGGUGACUGGAGGCUUCGCAGCCGGCGGCAUUGGGCUUUUGGGGCAGCCACCACCACAACAGCUACAGCCACAGAGUGGUGGUGGGUCCUGGAAACAGGACAGCUCCUCACAGCGAGGCAACAGGCAGGGGUACCAGCAGGACAGCAGCAGCCACUACGGCAGGGACCAGCGGUACCCAGGAGGCUCUGAUGACACCGGCUCCAACCGCCACCAUCGCAGCCAGCAAGAUAACCAGCGAGGUGAACACUAUAACCAUGAUGACAGGAGCGGGAGCAGCGGAGGCGUCCGUAGCAGAGAUGACAGGUGGAGGGAUGGCUCCAGAGAUGGCCGGUGGAGACGAUACUGAAGCACUAUGGGAAUUUAAGAACAGUAUUGUGAAUAUUUUUCACUUUUUAAAGGAUUUUAUUUUUAUUAUUUUACAGAUUUUUGUCGCAUACUCAUUGUGUAUAUCCUGAUCAAAACAGAAUUAUGAAUUUAUAUUCAGAGAAAAAAACAAAAUGUCAUGCUCAGGAGAUGCAUUUUUUUUUAUUUAUUUUUUACAAUUGGUUAGUCAUAUGUUUAGGAUGAUAUUGACAAUUUUAAAAUGCCCUGGACUGUGUCCAAGUAAACAAAAUAUUGAUUGGUUAUUUAUUUUCUACCUGUGAGGUUUUCCACAAUUGUUUUAUUGUGAAGAAUUUAAUUGUUUUUAUUGGGGAUGAAAUAGAUUUUUAUACCGUCCCCUGGGGAUUUGUUAAAUCUAUAAAAACAGAUCAUUCUAGACUAUUAAUUAUACCUUUUUGAAGGUGAGGUUUUCCAUUUGGUUUUUAUGUUUGAAAAGAUGCGCUGUGUUUAUCAAGAAUUGGUAUUACCGUGCAAAUUUCCUUUCUACAAGGAAUGGUGCUCAACUGUUUUUAGAGGGAAAUUGCUCAGGUAUUAAGUAAAAAACAACAACCUUAGGAGCUAUUUCAGUAUGUUUCAGCUAUGUAAUCUAAUUCCACCAGCAACGUUAAAUUGAAAAUGUGAUUUUUUUCGUUAGUGUCUUUUCAUUAGUUUGAGAAUACCUUACCAGCAGAUUCCAUGUACAUGUGAAACUAGAUAUUUUCAUAAAAUGUUUUUGGUCCACA